UUCUACUUCCGCUGCAGCAACCAGAAAAAGAAAGGAAAAUGUGGACCGAAAGGACAAACUGAGGCCGAUCCGGGAGAGUGGAACUGCGGGUUAAACUUAUUCCACUGUUCGCCCGGUUACUAGGCUAUUAUUAUUGUUAAAUUUCACGCCGGACAAGCCAGAUCCACCGUUAGCUUCGCGGCUGUAGUUGCCCCUUCCAUCCGUUUUUGGGAAGCCCUCGGCCCGCUAGAGAUGGGGACCAGAGCGAGUCGCCUCCAGGAAGACCCAGUCCUCCCCGCAGCCUUCGGGAAAGACGGCUCCAAGCGGGAAUCGUACCGCCGACCCCGCUGCUCCAGACCCACCAGCCUCAUGGUCGACUUCUCCGGGAGUUUCGAAGACACAGAAGCCAACCGGAGUCGAUCGGAGGAGGGCAGCGACUCGGACUUGGGUCAACACGGGGCGAGCGCAGACGGCAGCCCCGCGGAGCUCCACAAUCACAGCGGUAGCAUUCCCUCCGGCCAGGCCUCCCCGUCCUCUCCGGCAGGGGAUAGCGAGGGGAAGGCGGAGGAGGACGGUCAUAACCCCGGAGGCCCCAGUCGAAGCGGAACAUCAGCCCGGUAUAGAGGCACAGGCCGCACGCCGCACCGCACUUUCUCAGAGAGGCUCCCCGGGACAAGGCACUCGUCCGCCCGCAGUGUCGGCGCACGGUCCGCCCGGGUCAGGAGCGCACAUCCCCGGCCAGUGUCAGAGGCUUGGAUCGGGCUUUAUCGAGUAAACAACCGCCAUGGCAGUAUCCGCUGUCCGUUCUGCUCCAAACCAUUUCCUGGAGGUCGAAUCGAGGACCACCUGCUCAGCUGCCUCACCUCUCCCCCUCUGCCCUACAACACGGAUGUGCUCAGUAAAGACAGCGGUGAGUGCUCCAUCUGUUUGGAGGAGCUGGUCCAAGGGGAAACCAUUGCCCGCCUCGCCUGCCUCUGCGUCUACCACAAGAGCUGCAUUGACUCCUGGGCCAAGGUGAAGCCAUGCUGCCCGGAGCAUCCCUUCGACUGACCUGUGUCACAUGAUCUGUCAUGUGACCAACAACUCAGGAGACUACACUGAACACCAUUUAAAACCCCAAUAAAAAAACUUGAUUGAACGAAAACAAGAGCUGUCCCUUUGAGCUGUACAUUCAAGCGGACGCCAGCUUUUCAACUUCCAGACUUCAGUGACAUCCCCCGGGAGGACGCAGCCCAUUUCAAGCCAAAAAGGAAAAUGAUUUAACUUCUCAUUUUGUGUCGGAAUGUCAUCGGAGCCUUGACCGUUAUUUCCGAGUUCACGAAAAUGGCUUGAACGCGCCGAACGUCGUUGGGGGGGGAAAAAAAUGACAAAUUUAUAAGUAAACAAGAAGAACCUUUACAUUUUGGUGAAAUCUUGAACUUCAGAUGGAGAUGUUACUGUGAGGACGGACGUUUUACCCUGUGUAUUUUUCUCUCUCGAAGAACAGGACUUGCUUGGUCAUUCUAGUACAGUAUUUUUACGAAAGUAUUGCAAAUACGUCAUGCUUCGGGUGUUGGCUAGCUUUUCUGUCGGCGAAAUCCCCCCAAAAUCAAAUUGUAGAGCUGCGCAAUAUAAAAUAACAAUAUAUAGUAACAAAUGAAAAGGUAUUUAAACUUGAAAAUGCAAUCUUUGAUAACUUAUCAAGAGGUGUUGUUGCCUUGUUUCUAUGGAUAUGUCAUUACUCUGCCUGGAAUGUUCCACAGUAUGACAUUAAACAGCGCUACUUGACAGUUGUCAAUUACAAGUGGUGUUAUAGUUCAAAAUUACCCAGAAAAACAGGCAUUUUGACUGUGAGCGACAUCGCCUCUCCACAGAUCUGCCCUGUAACUUUGUCUGAUUUGAUCUCCACGAAGAAAGGUUUAAUGCCAUACUGUGAAACAUUCCAGACAAAGCAAUAAAAUCUCCAUGGAGGAAAGUAAAGUUACACAAUGCAUCUUUGAUACACAUCGAGUUAAAUUGAAAAAAAUUUGAAACUUAUUGUGACUAAAACUGCGCUUUUUGAAGAUUCUCGCAGUUUUCUUUUACACUAUUACGAUUUGAAAUUCUUCCCACAAAUGUUUGGAAAAAUUCUAAUACCAAGAGUUAAAACGUUAAUGUAGACUAUAGAUCAUCUAAACCAAAAAUAUUCUUUAAAAACUGGCAUAAAAUGUACCAAAUGUUGCUUCUUUGAUUGAAUUUCAGAAUUUCAGUCUAGAAUGAUCUCUGUAAUUUUUAUACAAAGGGAUGUCAGUCUGGUCACUUGGUCCAAUCAGAUUUGCUUAUUUCAGUGACACAUGUAAGGUCUGCUACUUGCUUGUCUCCAUGGAGAUGUUGUUCGUUUGCAUGAAAUGUUUCACAGUAUGGCAUUAAACUUAUCUGCCUUGCAUGUAUUCAAUUGCAAGUGUUUUAUAGCUCGAAAAUACUUUGAAAAACAUGAAUACUGACAAUGUGAAGGCUUGACUUGUCUCCAACGUGAUCACCUACUUUAUUCCCAUACUUUCAAAGCAAAGCAAUUACAUCUCCAUGGAAACGAGCAGAAAAGUUGCACAGUGCACCUUUAGUGCUUCACUCAUUGAUUCUGCAGAAAUUUGGCUUUUUUUUUCAGUCCUUGGUGAUAUUUUUUCCUUUUCUUUCCUCCAAUCUAAGCAGCCAUAUUUGUUUUGACACAGAUGAAGCUUGCUUGUCCGUGAUUGGUUAAUCCACCUGUCAAUCACGCCCAUCUGAAAAAGUAUGAGAGAAGUGUUAUUUUUUGAUAACAUAUAGCUGCAUUAUUGGACAUUGACCAUUAGUUUACCUUUAAUCUCUUGGUGUUUCCAUUUUCAAACGUUUAUGGCGAAGUUAAUUAAAGAAUCUUACUUCAAGAACAAGUAAUUCGUAGCUUUAAAUAUGUUGUAUUAAUUAAUUUUCAUGCUAAUCUCGUGUUAUAUCGUGCAGCUCUACAAAACUUCUAACCGCCAACUCCAAAAUACCGCUCCAAAAAAAUACAAGGUGUCUUCUUUUCCAUCGUAGUUUGUGCUGUAAACAUUUCACGGGAAAGGGGGGAUUUCAAGGUUUUUCUUUUCUCUCUUGGACUUUUAUUUUGAAGAGGUCAGUUGUGGCGGAUAGGUUAGCGCUGAUUUAAACGUGCUGCUAUUUUGAAAGGAGACAGGAAGUGGCCGGACUAACGGUUUUCCAUAGGGCCAUAGGAGGGCUGGUCUUGGCACAACUCUUGAGCACUUUUGUCCCUUUUUUUUGGUUUAAUUUCUUUAUUUCAUUAUAAAUCUGGGAUAUUAUCGAGUGGGUGAGUGAACUGACAACUAAGGACUUAAUGCCUGUCUUUGGAUUUGUAGAAUAUUCAGAGUGAAAGUGUGUGUGCGUGUUUAUUGUAAAAAAUCGCCCCAAAUUCUGCAAAGUUUCGAAGGUUUUUUCAGAAAUAAUGUAGUUUUUAUAAUACAUUUUGCCGUGACAUGCUUUCUGUCGCGUUAUAAGAUACAAAACAUUAAGGACGUUGCUUUAAUUUGGUUUUCAGAGUGGUACGUUUUGGAUUGGGACAGUGGCAAAGAGGGUUGGACAACUUGAGGAAAGCUUUGAUCGUGAUUUUUGUGGAUGAAUAUUGUGAUUCGAUGUUCGUUUUCAGUUCAAAAUGAAUUGAUAAUCGAGGAAUAUUCAAAUUUGAAAUAGACUAAACUAAUACAAGAAUUUUCAUAGACCUGUAAACUGAUUUGGUCGUCUUGUAACCAAAGGGCAGCUGGUUCAAAUCCCACAAUCUCUAGAUAAAUUAACUAAAGAUAAAUAAAUUCCAUGUUGCAAAUAUAUGAAAAAAAUAUGAGAAAAUUGACCCAAAUUCUGCAAAGUUGAUCAGUUUUUUUCAGAAAUAAUAACCUUUUUUAUGAUGAAUUUUUCUGUUACUAUCUAUCGUAUCUGUAUUUUUGGUAUGGGAAAAUAUGGACUGUUGCCAUAAUGACUAACACUGAAUGGUCAAAAGGUCCUCAAAAUGGCGGCUAUAACAGGAAACUGAAGCCCACAAAUAGCCUGACAGAGUGGGCCUUGUGUAAAUACGCUCAAAAUUAUUCAACCCUUAUUUAGACGCGCUGUCCCCACCCAUAUCAUACCAUUCUUUUGAGAUCAUUUUUUGAAGUUAUAUAAGAGAUUUCAACCCAAUUUUCAAAUUAAUUUCACAUUUUUCUGACAAAUAAGACAAUAUAUUAGUGAUAUCUUACAAUUUUGGGGCAUGUUUACUUGGCGUGUGUCUGCUAUCUCCCUUUUACCGGAGAUUAUUGACAGGAAGUGGAGAAUUUGAGCCCUUUUCUAGGAUUUUAAAAAUAUUAAUACUAUAGUUUUUUUUUUUUUUUUUUUUUUCCAUUAUAAGCAUUGCUGUUGCUGUUUGUUGGCUUUCUUUUGCCUUUGUGUGCUGGUUGCCUUGGAGACAGUGGGGUUGUGUGUUACAGGAAAGUAUUGUUCGUAUGGAUAAUCUUAAAGGUGCAUUGUGUAGCAUUGUGGCGCCAUCUGGUGGGGAAACUUGAGAUUGAAAGUCUGAUUUUGAGCAAGUACGGUGGCUUGAAGAGGACAUAAUGAUUAGAAAAAAUAUCAGGUGAAUUUAGGAUUGUUGAGACUUCAUCUGGCAAUGUUUUUGUGAAAUUUAUCGUGAAUUAAUAAAUAAAUAAUUAAUAAAAACAUGCUUUAGGUUGGGUAGGCUAGGUUCAUGUGAAAAUCUAUAGUUUAAACUGAUAAAAUUUUAAUGUAAUUUAUUAUUGUUAAGAACCAAAUCGGCAACUUCUACUGACACAAAUUGUCUAAAUGUGAAAUGAUUUAACUAUGUUGGUAAAAAAAAAAAACAAUCUGUCAUAAAAGUGUGAUUAAAACAGAUGACAAGAAAGCAAAAUGUUAGUAGUGAGUUUAGGAACCCACUUUGUAACAAAAAAUGUGUAAAAAAAAAUGAAUGAAUUGUCAAUAUUUAUUCAAAGUUUUAUUGGUUCAUCUCUUAAAUUCUUGAAUAUGAAAUGUAAUAAUUUAAUUCUAUCUAUAAUGUGAACCCAACCUAUGACUUAAACUCUCUUUCUACACCAAUAGAUAAAAAAUAAGAACAAAAAGCUAAUUUAUUAUAGAAAUUUCAAUAUUAACCGCUGCAAUUAUUACCGAUUUGGCGUCUUUUUAAUUUAACUUAUUUAACUCAUCUUCACGAAUUUCAAUUGUCAAGCCAGAUAUGGGAAUUUGAAUCUAAAUUUUACCCUAUUUUGGUUUCUGGCCCAACAGUUAGGAACCUUGUAGUCACCAUGGAGAUCGCAUAACCAAAUAAUUUUACGCAGUGCACCUUUAAAAUGGCCAUACGGAUGUUGCCUCAAACUGGUAGAAGACAGAACCGUGGAUUUAUAGAUUUUUGAGCUGGCUUUGAUCGCAUUCUCCCUCAAUUUUGUUGCGAGGAGGGAGUUUCACAGUGGACUAUACAGUGAAAUACAAUAUAACUAAUGCCAAAUUUUUUUAGUGUGGGCAUUUUGAGAGGAAGAAGAAGACGUAGCGAAAUGCAUCGGUCAUCAUUGUUCAAUAAUUGUGGUGAAUUUUGAUGUUGUAAUUUUUGGCGUGGAGGGUGGGCGGGUUGGUUGGUUUACCUGUUUUUAUAUUUUGUAAUUUGAAUUGAGGAGGGCGGGGUCAGCAAUGUGGUUAAGAAAUUGUAAAGAAAUGGACAAUCUUAAAGGGCUGCUAACACAAGAAUUGCUAAAAUGUAAAGUUUUCAUUAUUACAGACAGUUUAGAAUAUAUAUAGGCGACUUUGAGUAAACCUCUGGUGUUUUGGCCUCAUCUCGCAAUGGGGAAGAAUCAUAGAAACAGUUUUGGCUGCAUUUUAAUCUCAGUAUUCUACCUUCUACCUAAAGCAGUUGUCUGGAAUUAGUGGUUUUCAGACUAUUCAAAUAGAAAAUGUCUUGUUUUCAUGGUCACUUUGUGUUAUUAAUAAUGUGGGUAAUCCGAUACUAACCAGGUCUAAAUGUAGAUUUAAAAAGGACUCAUUCGAAAUUUGACAAAGAUUUAAACAGAACUAAACCAGGACUAAUUCAGGAUUUAACCAGGUCUAGCAGAGGACUCAUUCAGGAUUUAACUAGGUCCAAACCAGGAUUACUUCAGGAUUUAAUCAAGUCUAAACCAGGACUAAUUCAGCAUUUAGUCAAGUCUAAACCAGGACUAAUUCAGGAUUUAAUCAGGUUUAAACCAGGACUAAUUCAGGUUUUAAUCGGGUCUAAACCAGGACUAUUUAAGGAUUUAAUCAAGUCUAAACCUGGACUAAUUCAUGAUUUAAUCAGGUCUAAACCAGGACUAAUUCAGAAUUUAAAGCAGGUUUAAACUAGGAUUUAAAACAGGUUUAAACCAGGACUAAUCCAGGAUUUAAUCAGGUCUAAACCAGGACUAAUUCAGGAUUUAAUCAGGUUUAAACUAGGACUUAAAACAGGCUUAAAGCAGGACUAAUCCAGGAUGUAAUCAGGUCUAAACCAGGACUAAUUCAGGAUUUAAACCAGGCUUAAACCAGGACUAAUUCAGGAUUUAACCAGGUCUAAACCAGGUCUAAACUAGGACUAUUUCAGGAUUUAAUCAGGUCUAAACCAGGUCUUAACCAUGUCUUAGCUAGGACUGAACUAGAUCUAAACCAGGUCUUACCAGGACUAAUUCAUAAUUUAACCUGGUCUAAACCAAAUCUUAACCAAGAUUUAACUAUGUCUAAAACAGGUCUAACCAGGACUAAUUCAGGGUUUAACCGGGUCUUAAAUAGGUCGAAACCCAGACUAAUUUGGGAUGUAAACAGGUCUAAAACAGGACUAAUUCAGAAUUUAACCAGGUCUAAACCAGGUCUAAACCAGAUCAGACAUGUCCAUGACUAAACCCCGGACUAGUGCAAAAUUUAACCAAGUCUAACCCUUGAAUUUAAAACUGAAAAGUGUGUGCAAGUACGACAGUCACUGCAGAUUUGAGGAAUUUGAAAACCACUGUGUUGAAAUACGCUUUUCAAAAUCAUUGCACAUUCAAGAACUGUUUAUCUCGACACUCUCAACAGUUUCAAUACAAAGGUAACGGGGUGACGCAAGGUAGAAUUAAUAAAAUGCUAAUAAUUGUAUAAGCAGUAUUAAUAACACAUAAAUGCAACCAAAAUGAAAAUGAAAUAUAGAAAUUCACUUAAGGAAAAACUGCGACAUUGAAAUGCAUUCUUGUGUAAACAGCCUUAAAAUCGCACAUUUUUCCUUAUUUCU